AUGUAUACAUUUUUUACAGUGGCGUCCAAAUUAAUGUGCAUCCCCAUGAAAAUAUCGUUCAUCUCGAAUAUACACACACAUUUGUUGCGCCUCGGGAGAAACGAAAUAAAAUCCAUGGCGACCGAGGAGCAUCAACGCUUGGCCAACAUUGUGAAGAACUGCCACGACAGUUUGCGUCAACUCACCAAAUUGUACGGUGCCGAGCGCGCUUGGCAGGAGCACACUGGACCUCAUAAUGCUGAAAAGCUGGCAGAAUAUGCGGAUGCAAUGCAGCAAUUGGCUGGCAUCUGGGAAACGAAUGCCAGCAAGACGGAGCUGCACGCACGCAGUCGCAUCAAGUGGGCCAUCGACUAUAUAACCAAGUACUUCUACAUCGAGGGCAUCUAUUUGCAGAAGCGAUUGCGCGAACAGCGACUGCUGGCCUCCUAUAAUGAGUUGGCCGAUGCUGAGUGCGCCUACAUGGAGGCGCCGCCCGACAAGCUGCGUGUGCUGGAUGUGGGCAGCUGUUUCAAUCCCUUCGGCAAUACUCCGCAUCUCGAAGUGACGGCCCUCGAUCUCUGCCCCGCACCGGGUGCACUCGUGCUGCAGGCAGACUUUCUUACGGUUGACGUGGAUGGCAUGCUGACGGAACCCGAGAUCAGGGAUCAGAGUGUGAAGCGAUUACCUGCUGGCUACUAUCACUGCGUCAUCUUUAGCCUACUGCUGGAAUACAUGCCCAGUGCAGAUCAGCGAUUGCUUUGCUGCCAGAAGGCCUAUGAGUUGUUGCGACCCGAGGGAAUCCUAGUCAUCAUCACACCCGAUUCGCAGCAUGUGGGCAAAAAUGCCAGCAUCAUGAAGAACUGGCGCUUCGCCCUGGCCAAGCUGGGCCUGCUGCGCAUUCGCUUCGAGAAGUUGCCGCACAUCACAUGCAUGGUGUUCCGACGAGCCAUCUGCCAGGAAUUGUCGCAGCACUGGGCCAGUGUGCACCGGGAAGAGGGCAUCUGUGAGACAAUCCGCAUUCCACAGGAUGAGCAUUAAAUCUAAACAUUAGUUGUCGUAAUUGUAAUCGUAUUCUUUAAUCUAAUGGAUGUGUCCUUAUGCCUAGAGUAUAUUUAUGAGUUCCUUCCUUUAACUUAUCACUAUGUCAUAAAUAUUAAAUACUAA